CUAUCCUCUGCAAACAGUCAAGGCAAUGCUCCUGGCUGGCGAGUCCUGUUUUAGGAGGGAGACUUUUAACACUGCACGGAAUUUGGGGAACAACACGCGUGGCUGAGAUGACCAAGAGCUCCGUGGGGUCGUCCGUGGAUUAAACACCAACUUUUCCAUCCCAGAAACGAUGGCUUUUUACGCGCUAAAGUAGCUCCCCAGAAAAGCUUGCAGUGUGUCGCCUCGUCUCCUUCUCCUUCUCCUCUCACCACUGCUAAGCAACUCCUGGUAGAUGCACGGCUACUGCUGACAAAAUAUGCCCCAGCCAAGCCGCCUCAACCCCGGCUUGAGUUGUCAGUUCACCGCGUUUUAAUCCGCCAAUUCCUCCCCAGACGUUCAUCGCUUGUAUUCAUAUCUCUCUACUCCUUUUUCCAACCAACAACCUGCGAGAGAAUCAUGGCAGGAAAGCUGACAACGGCGCAAGGUACAGGGAUACUGCUUGUGACAGCCAACGUUGGAUCCUUAUUUGAAGAUCCUGAAAACCUACAGAAGAACUGGCUACGGGAGUUUUACCAGACAGUCCAGACACAUAAGCCUCACUUUGUGGCGCUGCACUGUCAAGAGGUGGGAGGGAAAAACUACGAGGCGUCCAUGGCUCAUGUGGACUGCUUUGUUAAAGAGCUGCUGUCCAGUGAGGCCCUGAAGGAGUACAGCCGGGCGCGUGUCUACCUCGACGAGAACUACAAGUCCCAGGAGCACUUCACUGCCCUUGGCAGUUUCUACUUUAUCCACGAUUCGUUGAAAAACAUCCAGCAGUUUGAUUUCAAAGCCAAGAAGUUCAGGAAGGUGGUGGGCCGCGAGACGUGCACCGAGACACUAGAGACCACUCCCUCUCUGGAGAAAGAGAAGUUCCCCCAGGACUAUUUCCCAGAGUCCAAGUGGUCAAGAAAAGGAUUCAUCCGGACUCGAUGGGCCUUGCCUGAUUGUGCCUUUGACCUGGUGAACAUCCACCUGUUCCAUGAUGCUUCAAACCUGGUGGCCUGUGAGAAGAGCCCCUCUGUGUACUCCGGGACCAGGCAGAAGGCGCUGGGAUACGUCCUCGACAGGAUCACAGACCAGCGGUACGACAGACUGCCAUUUUUCCUUUUUGGCGACUUCAACUUUCGGCUGGACUCGAAGCAGGUCAUUGAGAGUUUGUGCUCCAGUGCCACCAUGCAGACAGUCCGCGCCGCCGACACCAACGAAGUCGACAAGUUAAUAUUCAGAGAAACUGAAAAUGACCGAAAGGUUGUGCUUCAACUUGAGAAGAAGCUUUUUAGUUAUGUGAACCAAGACGUUUUCCGGGAAAACAAUGGGACCUCACUUUUAGAAUAUGAUAAAGAGCUGUCAGUGUUCAAGGAUCGACUGACGGAACUGGAGAUCUCAUUCCCUCCCAGCUAUCCGUACAGUGAAGACAGCAGCCAGGGCAAGCAGUACAUGAACACCAGAUGUCCCGCCUGGUGUGACCGAAUCGUCAUGUCUCCUUCGGCACGAGACCUGGUUUUAAAGCCUGAAAAUGAAGAGAAGUCAAUAGUGUAUGAUAACAUUGGGCCCAAUGUCUGCAUGGGGGACCACAAGCCUGUCUUCCUGUCCUUCCGAAUAACAGCGGGGGCAGGUAAACCUAAUGCAAAUAAGCACAAGUGUUGUGUGGUGCAGUGAUAUUGUGGAAAGUGUUGCCAAAGGGGGGAGCAGAUUUUCCGUGAAGCGCCUAUGUGAAAAUCAACCAUGAAACAACACAACUUCAUCAACCCCCGAAAGACUCCACCUCUGCUCCUCUUCUCAAUGGCCGAAUCCUUUUUUUUCCCCCCAUAAAACACUCCCUCAACUUGGACACAACAACAUGGCUGACCUCACCGCUACAUGCCAACCCCAUUCCCUGGAAACAAAUUCACAAAAUAGAAAAAAAAAAUCUUAGGACUGGCCCAUGAAUGACUGUGUUCUAUGCCGUAUAGCCUCUUCUUUGCCAAAACUCUAAUCAAAAUCAGUGCGACUACUUUUAGACACCAAGACGCCAUUUUUAGUUUUGUGUAUAGAGCUACUUUCCAUACAGUAUGUAAGAAAAAAUACCGUGUGCAAUGCAAAAAAGAGUUGUAUAUCUAUAUUGUUAGGUUUAUGUACAUUUGACAGUAUAGCAUAAACUUGUUGCUGGUUUUAGUGCCGUUUUAAGACCUCUAUCCUCUAUCAAGUUAUAAAUAUAUAUAAUUUUUGCUGUUCUGUGUCUUCAAUUUGAGUUGUCGUGUGCCCAACUCACUGCCAUGCCUGACACAUCUUUUCAAUUUAUAUACUGUACUUUUUAAAGAAAUAAUUUAUAAAUCUUUACCAAAAUGUUUAAAAAUGCUAGCAGACAGAAAGAAACACAAUAUUUUCUUUGUUUUUUUGCCUAACUGAAUGUUUUAAGCAGUGCCAUAGACCAUGCAAGUAUAUAAUAAGAUAUGUUUAUGAUAGCACUCACAUUAUUCUUACUCUUAACUUAUUUACCUAUAUUACGGAUCUUUGAAUGUGAUAUUUUAGAUAGGCUUGGGUUAAACUGUUUUAUUUUUGUCUUAUUUGUUACUCCAUUUUGGUGCCAAGUAUCCACACAGAAUGACGUGUGUUUUAUGCUGGUAAAUGGUAUUGACUUGUUAGACUCUAAAACACAUUGGGAAUAAGGCUUUUAUUUGUAUAAUUGUAGCCUACAGAUAAGAGCAUUACAGGGUUAAGCUAUACCUUACACUACAUACUGAUUUCUAUGGUUGAUUUUGCUGUCUCGACAUCACCGUGCCUGCAUUUUUACAUUGUCUUGUGUGAUUUUGGUUCACGGUUUUGUUGCUGCUGGUCAUUUUGAGUGUACAUUGUAGGAUCUUGAAGCCGCAGUUCUUUCAUUCACUCCAUGUUUAAAUAAAAUCAGCUGAUAGAGAUUUCCUUCUGCUAUAGCCCCAUCUCUGGACUGGCCUCUUCAUAGGUGAUGCAGUUCUUGAGCAAUAAAAACAUUAGAGC